CGUCCUGUUCCUGCUUGAAGGCCCGUGAGGUUUAGUUACAAUUCCUCAAUACAAAUAAAUAAAAUUGUUUACCCGUUGUAAAAUUUAUUGUUAGAAAAGUUUAGAGAAAAUACGUGUUGAUUUUUGUGUGUCGAACAACGGUGCGUGUUGAUUUUCUGAGAAAUAAAGUAACCCUUGAAAAUCGGCCACCGCAGCUAUUUUCAGCGAUAAUGAAAAUUGUUUUCAACGCGUGAGCCUUUUAUACUGAAGAUCAAGAGUUUAUAUCGCGUGGAUCGUUGGAAAAGUAUACAAGGUUUCACAACGUCGAAUCAUUGUCGGCUUCGAUAAACGAAUAUGUUAAAUUAAUCGGCAAGCUAUGAGCUCUAUCAACAGAGUGAACAGUAAGGUGGGCACUAAUACUGAAUCAAAAUUCGGUGAUUUCGACGACAAUUUCGACGCAACGAGCAGCUUUGACAAUGAUAAAAAGAUCUUCAGCGCCGAUUCCAGCAGGACUUCACCUGGUAGAAGUCGUUAUGGUAGAACAAUAAAGCCCAAGUCUCCCAAGAAUGAGAUUGCCAGUUCUCCAAAGAAUUCUAAAAUGCCAAAGGCUCGAAAAUAUCAAAAUUCGUCCGACAGUAGUAACGAAAGCACGGACGAAAAUAAUGUAACCAACGAUGUGGACGACACAAGCGAUUCUUCUAUCAGUUUGAGCACUAUGGAAGAAGCUUCUCCGCAGAUGGUUGGUUCGUCUUUCCAAUGUAAUUGGGUAUUGGGUCAAUUAGCAUGGGCCAGAGUUGGUAAUUUCCCUUUUUGGCCUUGCGUGAUAACGCUCGAUCCGGUUUUAAAGAUGUAUCAUAGAUUAAGAGCCACUGCCAGAUCACAGACAUUGAUGAUGCAUGUUCGAUACUUUGGUGAUAAAGGUCGUCACAGUUGGGUCUCUUCAAAUUCCAUGAUACCGUUCACAAAUAUUGCAGACUUUAAAAAAUUAUCAGAAUCGAUAACUGCAGAAAUUAAGAAGAGAGAUGCAAAAUAUGCUGCUGCGUUUGUUGUAAAACCUGGGAUAAAGUCCAAAUGGGAAAGCGCAAUCGACGAAGCUAUGGAAGUGCAACCUAUGAGCAACGAAGAUAGAGGAAAUAUUUUUAAGCCGAAAGAAAAAAAUAGAAAAAGCAGAUCACCAAAAAUGACUACAUUAGAUGAAAAGAACAAAACUAACAAAAGGAAGUAUUCAACGGAUUCAAGUGGACUUGACGUGAAGCGUGUGAAGCAGGACAAUGUAAACGCAUAUGAAUUGGAUAAACCACCAUACAAAACCAAUGAAAUAAAAUCCAAGAUGUUGAAGUAUGCAGAAAAUGGUUCAAGACUCAAUUCAGAUACUCCUCCGUUGUCUCCUUUAAGUCAAAAGGAUUCGCACGACGAACUUCCCAUUAUGCAAAAAGUUGAAUUUAAACCUGAAGAGAGCGAAAAGGGUGUUUUCGAAGUUUAUUACGAACGAAAUAGAGAUAUGUUGGAAGAUGAACAUCCUGAUGCAUCGGAACACGAUAUUAGAAGAUAUUUGCGGAAGAAUUGGGAUACUAUGAAUGCCGCAUUUCGUAAAAAAUAUCGAAUGUAUGUAACAUCAGACAGUGCCAGUAGUCAUACGAAAGAGAGUCUGUCGGAUCAUGAAGAUUUAUCGAUAGAUAUGGAUGUAAAUAUAAAGGAUAGUAAAAAGUCGAGAAUCAAAGUCGAAAAGGAAGAGAUAAGUGUUUCAGAAAUAAAACGAAGCAGACCUUAUAAUCUCUUUAAAGGAAUGAAGCAAGAAAAAGUUUGUCAAAUUUGUGAAAAAACUGGAAAACUGACCAGAUGUAAAGGCCCUUGUUAUUCAUACUUUCAUCUACCUUGCGUGAAACCUGGAGAAUCUAGCCCGGAACAUUCCAUCGACGAGAACACAACCGACGAUAAGAUACUCGACGAUAUAAAGGAAAUUAAACAAAGCAAUGCCGACGACGAUGAAUACAGUGGAAAAAUCGAAGAACAAGAAGACGAAUUGUUCAAAUGUAUCGAUUGUUUGUCAGGCGUCGCGCCUGCUUGCUUCAUAUGCAAUGAAAGAGAAGGAGAUAGAAUAAGAUGUACUGUACUAGCCUGUGGAAAACAUUAUCAUUCGUCUUGCUUGAAAUCGUGGCCACAGUCCCAUUGGCAGGGAGGCCGUUUAACUUGCCCGUACCACGUGUGUCAUACGUGCAGUUCGGAUAAUCCUCAGGAUAGUCAUUCGAGAACACCAAACGAGAAAUUGGCACGAUGCGUUCGCUGUCCUUCAUCUUACCAUACAUCCACGUCUUGUUUGCCCGCUGGUUCAGUGAUUUUAACCGGUAGUCAAAUAGUUUGUCCGAAGCAUUAUCAGGCACCGCAUCCUCCGGUAAAUGCAGCAUGGUGUUUUUUAUGCACAAGAGGAGGAAGUCUUAUCUGUUGCGAUACAUGUCCAACUUCUUUUCAUCUCGAGUGUCUAGGAAUUGAUGCGCCGGAUGGUGCGUUUAUUUGUGAAGAUUGUGAAACGGGCAGACUCCCUUUGUACGGGGAAGUAGUGUGGGUUAAACUUGGUAACUACCGUUGGUGGCCAUCCCGCAUUUGUUAUCCCCAUGAAAUUCCUGAAAACAUAGAAGCUAUACCUCAUAGCUCUGGUAAAUUUUGUGUAAUGUUCUUGGGAUCAAAUAAUUAUUAUUGGGUUCAUAGAGGUCGCGCUUUUCUUUAUCAGGAUGGCGAUGCAAAUAUAAAACCACCGAUUGGUAAGAAAAAUAAUAGGGACGAUACAUAUCGUAAAGCGUUGGAGGAAGCUAAUGAAAUUCAUCAACGUUUAAAAAUUGAAAGAGCGGCUGCUAAGGAUAAUGGACCACGAGGCCUAAAACCUCCGCCUUAUGUUAAGUUAAAAGUUAAUAAACCGGUUGGCAAUGUGAAACCGACAGAAGUGGAAAGUAUCGUCGCGUGCGAUUGCGACGCAGAGUGGGAGAAUCCGUGUGCACCGGGAACAGAUUGUUUAAAUCGAAUAUUGUUGGUCGAGUGUAGUCCUGGUAUUUGUCCAGCUGGCUCCAAGUGUAACAAUCAGGCAUUUGUAAGAAGACAAUAUCCAGCUAUGGAACCGUUUCAUACUGCGGGCCGCGGUUGGGGUCUUAGAAGUUUAGAGUGCAUUUUCGCGGGACAGUUUGUUAUCGAGUACGUGGGUGAAGUUAUAGACGAAGCGGAAUACAAACGAAGGCUGCAUAGAAAAAAGGAAUUAAAGAACGAGAAUUUUUAUUUUUUAACCAUAGAUAAUAAUAGAAUGAUCGACGCUGAGCCAAAGGGCAAUUUAAGUCGAUUUAUGAAUCAUUCGUGUUCACCGAACUGCGAGACACAAAAGUGGACUGUGAAUGGAGAUACGCGUAUAGGUCUGUUUGCGUUAUGCGAUAUAGACCCCGGUGAAGAAUUAACGUUUAAUUAUAAUUUAGCUUGCGAUGGUGAAACUCGAAAGCCUUGCCUCUGCGGCGCACCAAAUUGUAGCGGGUUUAUAGGUUUAAAGGUACAAAAAUCGCAAGUAACGACACCCUCGAUUCAGCAGAAAAAAUUUGAGAAAAUUGACAAAAUGAAACGUCAGAGGAGAUCGAGGAAACGCGCGAUGUGUUGGAGCUGCGGUCAAGAAAUCGAAAAGUUGGACGACUUUGCGGUUUGUGAUCAAAAAACAUGCAAUAAGAAAUAUCAUAAGGCAUGCGUGAACGUUCACGAAGUGGAUUCAAGAUUUAGCUGCCCUUGGCAUCAUUGUACAGAGUGUGGUCGUAGAACAUCAGCGCACUGUGCAUUUUGCAGUGCUGCCUUUUGUCAAGUACAUUUGGAUGGAAACUUAUUUGAAUAUGGCGAAAAGGCCGGUUUUGUUUGUAAAUUACACGAAAAUAUGGAAAUGCAAAGAUCGUCGUCUAUCGAAGACGAAAAAGAUUAUUCGGACAACGAUACCGAAACAGAUAAAGAUUAUUCGUCAACAGACUCCGGUAGCCCUCUCGUAAUAAUGGAAAAAGCUGUACCACGUGAACCUUCGCCAAGAGUUUCCAUUGUAGAGGUUCAUCCGAGCAGCGAAGAAAGCGAAGAAUCUCAGAAAGAGGACGACGAGGAUGUAACGCAGUCUGCUGAUUUUAUGCCGUGCGAGUAUAGUUUGAAAAGUAUGAAGAAAAAACCAUUGCAUCGAUUGUCCCUAAGAUUGAAAAAGGAGGAAGAUCGGGUAGAAGAGUUAAAUAAUCUUACAUCUAGUCAACUGGAGGCCAUAAUCGGUGGCAGUUUGUUCGAAUGAGCAAUGUAUCAUCCCCGAUUAGGCAUAAAUAGUGAAACAUACCAUGCAUGCAUAGCUUCGAACAUACAAUUACAUGAUGAUCAUGAUGAUGAUGAUGAUGAUGAUGGGAGAUUACUGUAGAUCACAAUAUAAAAUAAUAGUAUAUGUAAUAAUAUUCAUUACUUGCAAGACAUUAUUCCAUGUCAAUUAGAUCGAUUAAAUAACAAAUUCAAAGAACUAUCUCUACUAUCGAGAAAAUAAAAAAAAUUCAAUUUUAAUAUAAUAACCUUCUGUGAUCUUGCAUUAAACUAUAGGUAUAUGUAUAAUGUAACAUUUCUUAAAGUUCUUAAAUAUUUGUUUCCGCGAAUGUUAUUCACCGAUUCUAAUAGACAUGGAAUAUUUUUAUUUAUCCGGAAGUAAAGCAACAUACGCCUACAAUAAUCGUACAUUUCUUUUUUUAUAAGUAUUAAUCGAUUGUAUGAAUAUUUUAUUUGAAAGUGUGGCAUACUAAUACAGUGCCUUGUCAAGAUUAAUUUGAACUCAUAGACGAAUGAAUUAACGAGGGCCCAAUGUUUAAUUUUAAAGGUGUCUGUGUGCCAAUUAAAUCAAUUAAAUACGUCUCUUUUUAUCCUCUGCUUUUCAUUUAAAAUUUCAUAUUCGUUGUAUCGAAUUAAUUUCCGUCAGCCAUGUGAUAUUUUAUCAGCCGUAAAAGCAAUUACACCUUCACACUGCCUUGUAAAUGUUUAAAAAUUUGUAUUAGACAAAGUAUGUUUAUUUUAGAGUUACAGUAAGGUCUCUUUAUGCGUGAAAAAAGAUCUCUACAUAUGCAUAAGAUAUCUAUCUAUACCUUUUUAAGUAUAAUUUCUAUUCACACCACUAGAGGGAUACACACCUGGAGUUCGGUUGCCGGGCAUAGUCCGAUCCGCGAUCGAAUGUCGGGCCGAAAAGAUAAUCACAUUAUUAAUGCAAUGACAAAACUUUAUUAUCUUUUAUUUAUUUUUAAUGAAACUUUUUUUUAACAUAUUCCUCAUACUUUUCUGUUUAAAAUGAAUUUAAACACGAUA